UGCCUUGGCCACGCAUGCGCGCCGCCGGCCGAGGUUGGACUUCCUGGUCAUGACAUCAGCAGCCGGCCCACAAGUACCCGUAUGAGCCGGCAAAAGAGCAGAAAUUUCCAGAAGGUUCCUGGUGUCUCCGGAGUGGCUGCGGUAUAUUAUACUGAAAGAUGGUGAAGGAAACUGCAUUCUAUGAUGUUUUGGGGGUUAAACCCAAUGCCAGUGCAGAGGAACUCAAGAAAGCUUACAGAAAACUAGCUUUGAAAUACCAUCCUGACAAGAAUCCAAAUGAAGGUGAAAAGUUCAAACAGAUUUCUCAAGCUUAUGAAGUACUGUCCGAUUCCAAGAAACGUGAACUCUAUGACCGAGGUGGUGAACAAGCCAUCAAAGAAGGUGGUAGCGGUGGUGGUGGAUUUGGCUCUCCUAUGGACAUCUUUGACAUGUUCUUCGGUGGAGGGGGCAGAAUGCACAGAGAGAGGAGAGGAAAAAAUGUGGUCCACCAACUUUCUGUGUCAUUGGAGGAUAUGUACAAUGGAGCCACUAGGAAACUAGCAUUACAGAAGAAUGUAAUAUGUGAGAAGUGUGAAGGUCGUGGUGGCAAGAAAGGAUCAGUGGAAUGCUGUCCUGUCUGUCGUGGAUCAGGUAUGCAAGUACGAAUCCACCAAAUUGGACCAGGGAUGGUUCAACAAAUUCAGUCUGUGUGCCAAGAAUGUCAUGGCCAAGGAGAGCGCAUCAGCCCCAAGGAUAGAUGCAAAAUCUGUAGUGGAAGAAAAAUUGUUGUGGAAAAGAAGAUUUUGGAAGUUCAUAUUGACAAAGGUAUGAAGGAUGGGCAGAAACUAACAUUCCAUGGUGAAGGUGACCAGGAACCUGGGCUGGAACCUGGAGAUAUCAUCAUUGUCCUUGACCAAAAAGACCACAGUGUCUUCACUAGGCAAGGGGAAGAUCUUGUCAUGCAUAUGGAACUGGAAUUGGUGGAGGCUCUUUGUGGCUUUCAUCGUCCAAUCACAACUUUGGAUAAAAGAGUUAUAAUCAUCACAUCACAUCCUGGUCAUAUUGUUAAACAUGGGGAUAUCAAGUGUGUGCUGAAUGAGGGAUUUCCUAUUUAUCGUAGACCAUAUGAAAAGGGUCGUCUAAUCAUCCAGUUCAAGGUGAAUUUUCCUCCAAAUGGCUCCAUCCACACUGAUAAAUUAGGCCUGUUAGAAAAACUGCUGCCUCCACGACAUGAGGUUGAUAUCACUGAUGACAUGGAACAAGUAGAUCUGGUAGAUUUUGAUCCACAGCAGACAAGGCAUCGCUAUAAUGGAGAGGCCUACCAUGAUGAUGAGGAUGAACACCCCAGAACUGGAGUUCAGUGUCAGACCUCGUAAAAACAAAAAGACCACCUUUGUGACUUCAAGCUGUGUUUGUGGAAGAUUUUAAGUAUGGAGACUGGAGCCUUGGUAAUCAUUUAUAUAUGUUUAACAUCAUGGUUGUCUUGUUUGUAAUUGGAGGAUAAUCCUUGUAUUGAAUGUUUGAUGUAUUCUACAAACUUUAUUUAAAUAAAAGUUACUGUCUUUGGA